AUCAAGGCUUGAACGGAGCCUGAUCAAGGGAAGACUGCCCGGACGUCCAGAACGCAAAGACCUUGUAGUCUACACUCCUGUGUAGGCUACACAAAGACCCCCUCUCUUCAGAGCAUUUCAUCGUGUGCCAGAGAAAGAGUGUGCCGUGGCCAUGUACGAUGGGGCGCGGGUGCCUUCCCCUCAGGAUGCCAACGGCUUCCCCCAGCAGCCGGGGGUGUCGGCGGCGGUGCAGCCCAAGUCCGACGCGGAGCCCGAGAACGAGGAGGAGGGGUCAGCGGUGGGAGCGGCGGUGGUGGCGGCGGCAGGGGCCGGAGCGGGAGUGCGGGCGGCGGAGCCCGUGAUGGUCAAGCAGCAGGCCCACCGCGAGAUCCUGGACCACGAGCGCAAGAGGAGGGUGGAGCUGAAAUGCAUGGAGCUGCAGGAGAUGAUGGAGGAGCAAGGGUACUCUGAGGAGGAGGUCCGGCAGAAGGUGGGCACCUUCCGACAGAUGCUGAUGGAGAAGGAGGGGGUGAUCACCAGAGAGGGCUCCCACGCACAGCCACCAGUGGGUCUCCUCCCUCACAGUGACGAGGAGCACCUGGGCGACCCUGCGCUGGCCGAUGGCUACGAGGAGUGUGACUGGCAGGGCGACUACUACGACGGAGACUACAGAACGAAGAGGAAGUCGAGUAGCUCACCCUCCCCGCGACCAAAGAAGAGAAAGAAGAAGAAAUCGGGCAGAAAGAGAAGCCGAGAGAAGAGGAAGAAGAGCAGCAAGAAGCACAAAAGAGACAGGUCUGCGUCUGGCUCCAGGAGGAAGCGGCGAUACAGAUCGGGAAGCCCAAAGAACAAACACAAAGACAAGAGCAAACAAAGAAAGAGAUCACCCGCGGAUUCGCCCAGCAGGAGGUCCCACCGGAGAGGAAGCUGCAGCUCUCGCAGUGCCUCCCUCUCCUCCACGGGGAGCUUCCUCAGGUCCCCCUCCAGGCUGAGUGUGAAGCAGCGGCCAGGUGGCCAUCGGUCCAGUCGCAGCCCCAGCCCUGCCGUCACCUCCGAGAACCCCACCACGUGGCAGAACGGCCAUCACAGCGACCGCGCCCGCAACGGCAAGGAGCACGUCUACAACCACGUGGACGGAGAAAAAGUGCAAGAUAAGCUCCGAGCACUGGCCACCUGCUCUCCGAGCCUGCAGAUCUGUCCGUCGCCCCAGCUGAAGGAGGCCCGGCUCCAGGGUACCCCCGGUAAGGGUCCCGGUGGGGCUCCAUCCCAGCACCACCACCACCAUCACCACCACCACCACCACCACCCAGGGGCGGCAGGGGACGCCCCUCACGGGGACGACAAGCAGCCGGACGCGGGCAGGCCCACUGCGGGGUCGUCACGGAGACGCAGGGGCCGCCACCGAGGGCAGAGAAAGGCGUCCCAUUCGCCGGGCCACAGCUCUGACUCCGCCCACUCACAGCACAACCCGCCCACCAAAGGCAAAAGCUCCCAUCAGAAGAGGUGA